UUCCGGUAUGACCGUGUUGUGUAGUUUUGUUAGAAAUUUACAUUUUUAGCGAGCAGAAAAUACGCAGGAAAAGCGCAAUAAAGUCAGUAAAAAGUGCCUGCGGACCCGGGCUGCGGUCUAUAAAGUUGGCCGGAGAAAGGACUUCAACAAAUUAGGUCGAUUUGAGAAUUCGAUUCGGUUAAUUUCGCCAGAAGGCUCAAUUUCACCAUUGCACACGUGUCUGGAGUUUUACUGGGGUUCGGUCACCUCCUCCGUGGAUUGCAGACGAUCCCGUGGUAGCGCUGGGCAAUGCCCAGCAGACAGCUGCGGCCAGUUAGAGAUUUUUCCGGCGGCAAGGAAGCUGCUACAGCAGCAGGCGCUGGUCAGCAACGGAAGCACCGGACCGUCCAUGGCUGAGUACUGGCAGCAGUUGACCAACGGCAUCGGAGAAGCGGGACCCGGCAAUGAGUCACCCGCCAUGGCCGCCUGCAACGGAGGUCACGAAUCGGCGGCAGUUGGUGGCGCCAACAACAGUCACGGCAACAACAAUUACGUGAACUUUAAUCAGUUCAUCAUGCAGCACAAUCUGGGUGGAGGACCGCCCUCCAAUGCCACUGGCACUAUGCAACAUCCGCUGGGCAGCAGCGACACAAACUACUCCCUUGGUGGCGGUGGGGGAGCCUUUGGACUUAAUCCACCAGUGACAUCUGCGAGCAGCAACAACUUUGCAAAUUUUUACUCGCAGCCCAUAUUUCCAUCUUAUCAAAAUGGCGACGGCAUCGCCAGCGCCGCCUUUACCAACAGUUAUGGAUCGGGCAAUCCGAGCAGCAGCAAUUUUUCGAGUCUUUACACACCUUUUGGCAAUAAUCCGUUUGACUUCAGCGCUUCCAAGCUGCAGGCCUCGGCUCCGGAAUUCGUGCCCAAUUUGGCCAAGCUAAGUCUACAAGAGACCCCGGCAGCUACUACGAACGGAAACAGCACUGCCAGCCUAGAGACUGCCAUAAAUGAGACGAGACCUAGGACUCUUCGAGCCCAAGAUCCAGCUGAACGGGGAGCUAACAACCAUCGCACGAACCACAAUUAUGAACGGGAGCGAGAGCGGGACCGUGACAGGGACUCUCGGCCCGGAAGUACGCGUCAACAACGCCGCUCCGACUAUCGUGAUGAUCGGGAGGACCGAUAUGAACGAAGCGAUCGUAGAAGGCCGCAGAAGCAGCAACGCUACGACAAUCAUCGCAGCAACAAACGGAGGGAUGACUGGAAUCGCAACAGGGACCGCAUCAACGGCUUUCCGAGGGCCGUUGACGAUUUGGACACGAGCAACGAGAGCGCCCACCCAUCGCCCGAAAAGCAGUCACAACAGCAGCAAAUCUCUCCACGGAGAGGUCCACCGCCACCACCGGCGGAUAACGAAAAACUAUCGCAGCGAGAGAAACUUAUUCGAGACAUUGAGCAGCGCCGAUUGGAGUGUCUUGUAUGCGUGGAGCCGAUCAAGGCGCACCAGCCAACCUGGUCGUGCCAGAACUGUUACCACUUGCUCCACCUCAAGUGCACCAUCACUUGGGCGAGCAGCUCCAAGUCCGAGGUGGGCUGGCGUUGUCCAGCUUGCCAGAAUGUGCUGCAGGAGUUGCCACGCGAGUAUCUCUGCUUCUGCGGGAAACUGAAGAACCCGCCGGUAUCACGGACCGAAUUGGCCCACAGCUGUGGCGAGGUUUGUUGCCGAAUUGAGGGUUGUAGCCACGCUUGCACUUUGCUCUGUCACCCGGGCCCUUGCCCGCCGUGCCAGGCCAACGUGCUGCGUAGCUGUGGAUGUGGACGCAGCUCAAAAACGAUGCAGUGCGCCAUGAAGGAAGAGCUGCUCUGUGGCGAGAUCUGCGACAAGACGCUCAACUGUGGCGAGCAUCGCUGCCAGGCAGAGUGCCACUCGGGCAAGUGCGCAGCGUGCCCCGAACAAGUGGAGCAGCAUUGCCACUGCGGCAAGCAGGAGCGCCAGGUGCAGUGCACGCGCGAAAGCCAGGACAAACGCAGCUAUUCCUGCAAGGAUAGUUGCGGUAAACCGCUUCCCUGCGGCAACCACAAGUGCAAGGACUCCUGCCACGCGGGAAGUUGUAGACCCUGUAAGCUGAGUCCCGAGCAGAUAACCAGUUGUCCUUGCGGCAAAAUGCCUGUACCGGCUUCCCAGCGUUCAAGCUGCCUGGACCCAAUUCCCACUUGCGAGGGCAUUUGCUCUAGGACGUUACGUUGUGGGAAGCCGGCGCACCCGCACCAAUGCGGGAGCAAGUGUCACCUGGGCCAGUGCCCUCCAUGUCCCAAGCAGACGGCUGUAAAGUGUCGUUGCGGCCACAUGGACCAAAUGAUCAAAUGCCGGCAGCUAUCAAGUAGAGCAGACGAUGCCCGCUGCAAGCGACGGUGCACCAAGAAGCGCAGCUGUGGAAAGCACAAGUGCAACGCCGAGUGCUGCAUCGAUAUAGACCACGCUUGUCCACUGCCCUGUAAUCGAACCCUAAGUUGUGGCAAACACAAGUGCGAUCAGCCGUGUCACCGGGGCAAUUGUCCGCCAUGCUACCGCAGCAGUUUCGAGGAGCUGUACUGCGAGUGUGGUGCCGAAGUGAUCUAUCCACCAGUGCCGUGCGGCACCAAGAAACCAAUCUGCAAGCGCCCCUGUUCGCGCUCUCAUCCAUGCGAGCAUCCGCCGCAGCACAACUGCCAUUCGGCGGCCGCCUGUCCGCCCUGCAUGAUGUUCACCACGAAAUUCUGUCAUGGCAACCACGAGCAGCGGAAGACCAUUCCCUGCUCGCAGCCCAACUUCAGCUGUGGCCUGGCCUGUGGCAAGCCGUUGCCGUGUGGCGGGCACAAGUGUAUAAAGCCGUGUCACGAGGGCGCCUGUCAGUCUGCCGGCGAGAUCUGCCGCCAGAGCUGCACUAAGCCACGGUCGAACUGUGGUCACAAGUGUGCAUCUGUCUGCCACGAGGGAGCCUGUCCGGAAACGCCUUGCAAGGAGCUGGUGGAGGUGCAGUGCGAGUGCGGCCACCGAAAGCAGAACCGCAGCUGCCAGGAACUUGCCAGGGAGCACAGUCGUAUAGCCACCAUCCAGCUGGCCUCUUCUAUGGCAGAGAUGUCACGCGGCAAUUACAUGGAGCUCAGCGAAAUCUUGGCUCCUGCCAAAAAAUCAAAUAGAACUUUGGAUUGCAACGACGAAUGUCGGCUACUGGAAAGAAAUCGCCGACUGGCUGUGGCCCUGUCUUCUGGAAAUCCCGAUACAAAGCAAAAGUCCCUUACCAAGUACUCGGAGUUUGUUCGUGGGUUCGCUAAGAGAAAUCCAGCGCUGACCAAGAGCGUUUACGAGACGUUGACCGACUUGGUAAAGUUGGCGAAGGAAAGCAAGCAACGGUCAAGGAGCCACUCCUUUCCCACGAUGAACCGCGAAAAGAGGCAGCUAGUGCACGAAUUGUGCGAGAUAUUUGGUAUUGAAUCGGUUUCCUAUGACAAGGAGCCAAAUCGGAAUGUUGUGGCCACGGCUCAUAAGGAUAGGUGCUGGUUUCCCGCCACAAGCAUCAUGGAAGUGCUGGCUCGAGAGUCCGGGCAACGCCGUGUCCCGGUGCCCAGUAACAAUGCUUGGGGCCUAAAGAAGUAGAGCAAAUCCAUGUGGAUGAUUGUAUACAAAGAUAUUUUAUAUGUUUAGUUGUUGGCGCUGGAAUACAAUACCUUAAAAUGGAUAAACGAUGCGGUAGGGAGCCUGGAUGAGUUAUUGAUUGAUCCUACAUGAAGGAAAGUAAGAUGCGCUGCGAGGACAAUACAGAAGGAUUAUUGCCGUUACCACGUAUAUUUUUUAAAUUAUAUCAAAUGUUAGUUAAACCAUAGAAUGCUAAAUGUUGAAUACUUGAAUAUGGAGUGAACUGGAUAAGCAGGCACAGAUGUGAAGAAUCAUGUUAACCAAUCUGUUGUACGAUGAAUUUAUCCAUAAUCGAAACCUGGCCACGUUACAUCUAAAUACAAAGAAAAGAUAGAAAGAAGGAUAAAUAUAUGAGUAAAUAGAGCAGAGGGCAA